GCCAGCGCCACUUUGACACGGUUUACUUUCCAAUUGAUCAUGGCUAGACUCGUCGUGGCGACUUUUCUUGCUGUGAUGACCAUCGCAAUGGCUUCGUUGGUCGACUUGCCGCUGUGCGGUGGCCCCGUCAUGUCGUAUGGACCGGCUAAAGCGACAUAUCCUGCGCUGGCUGACGCGUUGACGCUGGUCGAAGAGCAACCGAUCGCAGUGUGGUGGAGCGACAACAAUCCCACGCAUCGGAUAGAAAUCGACGCGCUGUUCGACCGAUGCAAUGCCUCGACCGUCCCGACCAUCGUCGUAUACGCACUACCGAACAAGGACUGCCACGCCAGCUACAGCAACCGCGGAUUUAUCAACUCGACUGAGCAAUACACGGCCUUUGUCCAACAACUCGCGACACUUGUCGGGUCGCGACCCGUGAUCUACAUCCUCGAGCCGGAUGCCGUCGGGCUGGCCACAGGCGGGGGCUGCGGCCAGGAUGCAGGUUACCUCGACAACAUGCAGAGAGCAAGCGCGGUACUUACCACCAACAACGCGAACGCCAUGUUGUAUGUGGAUGUCGGGUACUGGAUGCUCCAAACUGACGACAAAGCGCGGCAAAUCGCGUCGGCUCUUCAAGUUGUCAGCGCCACCAGUCGACUGCACUCUGUCCGUGGAAUCGUGCUCAACACGGCCAACUACCGCCCUGUAUCCGAGAUAACGAGUUUAUGUGCCAGGUUGAUCCAAGUGGCGGGCAACCCCGACUGGCGAUGUGUGAUCGACACUUCCCGGAACUACCAGACGCCAACGACGACGACGGAGUGGUGCAACAACAAGUUUGGGGCGAUUGGAAUCCCGCCCACUCGAAACACGGGGUUCCCUAACCUCGUCGACGCGUUUUUGUGGAUAAAGAUCCCCGGCGAGUCGGAUGGGGAAUGUAUCAAUCGCACCGCCAUCGCAGGGCCGAUGCACUCGAUUGACGCGAUGCCUGGUCCCGCCGCCGCCGUCUUCUUUCCUCAAGCGUUUCGGACUCUGUGGAACCAAGGGUACUUUGUCCAGAACAACCUCGCCCCCGUCCUCGAGCAGGAUGCCGAAGCCAUGGUCCUUGCCCAAGUCGAAAGCAAAACGCCCGAUCUUGCGAGGCCCGACGGGUCGGACGCACCGACCACGCAGAGACCACAUUUGCCAGAGGAGCCACACCCGUCAAAGUUGAACAACCAAGUCCCUCGGCCAGCAGCUGCAAUUUUGACAUCCAGCAGCCCCAACGACUCGGUCUUUCUCACUUGGGGCAUCCAUGGCACCGUCGUAGUAGCAGGCGCUUUGCUUGCUCUGUAGGGUGCCCUGCGAAAGCGACGACGGCCCGCACGCACCUGAUACGUUGUGUUGUUCAAGUCGAGUGAGGCUCGAGUGGACGAACAGGUCGAAGUACCUGAUGGCGUCCAUGGAAACUGGGAACCCAGGAGAUCUUGUGGGGACGCAAAAUUGGAACAGUUGGACUUGGCCUUGCCCGGUAGCUCGCUCGAGACGUCUUCUCUGUCUAAAGAAGCAAUCCAGGUUUCGCGGCUGUGAUCCAUGGCCGCGUUCGCGUUGAUAUGGAUCGAUGUUUGAGUUUAUGGGCUGUUCAACAGUUCUCCGCAA